UCUGGUGCCACAUAUACAGUAGAUGUUCGAUACAGCAGCAUGCUGCAAAGACAGUAUAUUGACACAGAAAUAAGACUAGUCGCAUCCUUCCUACGUCAGACAGAGGGUCUGUGUGGGUACAUGGAUAACAAUUUGGAGUAUGAUUUGGUUACUCCUGAUGGUAGACAACUGACCGAUACAACAGCCUUUGCAGAAUCCUGGCGUGUUGAUCUCAGUGUUUCCAACAAGGGAGAUGGAUCGUGGUCAUGGUCAUACUCAAAUUUCCAUCCAGAUGACCCACUUGAUUCUUCCUAUACCAACCCAUACCACAGAACUGUGUAUGGAAUAGACCAGCUAGACGCAACUGAGAGAAUGAAAGCAGAAAAAGAAUGUGCUUCACUUGCUUUACAAGGGAAGCUUCUCACUGAUUGCAUUCUGGAUAGAGGGUUGACUAGAGAUAGAACAGUUUUACAGCAGCAAGCAUUCCAACAAGGAAAAUGUCCAAAUGAUUGCUCCAACCGAGGACACUGCAGCAACGAAUCAUGUAUAUGUAUAGACAGUUGGAUGGGUGAUGACUGUAGCCAAGGUGGCUGUGACAAUUGUCCAUCAAACAGUCAGUGUAUUAAUGGCUUCUGCAGAUGUAAUUUUGGCUAUGUUGGACCAUUUUGCUCAAAAGCUACCUGUGAGAUGGUUAAUAACUGUACCAAUACAACACAUGGACUGUGCAAAGCUCCUAACAUUUGUCAAUGUAACCCAGGCUACUUGGAUGCCGACUGCAGUAUAUCAGCGUCGUGUUCUCAUAAGUGUUCAUAUCAAGGCACUUGUCUAGGAGAUGAAAAGUGCCUCUGCUAUUUUGGGUGGGGUGGACUUACUUGCAGUAACAAAACAUGUGAAGCCUUAGCCAACUGUUCUGGUCGCGGCACCUGCCGUUUAGAUGGAACAUGUCAGUGCAAUGCAGGCUGGCAAGGAAGCUCGUGUGAACUUUUUAGCUGCGACAAAGUCAAGAACUGUUCUGGCCAUGGAGACUGCAUUGAUAGAAACAAAUGUAGUUGCCAUGUUGGUUACACAGGAACGGAUUGCAGCACACUCGCCUCGUGUCCAUCAAAACAAAAUUGUAACAGCAAUGGUGUGUGUAUGAAUGCAGACACGUGUCUCUGUUACUCUGGAUACUUUGGUGAUGAAUGUGAGACUUUUGAAUGCAGUAAAGGAUGCUCAGGUCGCGGCACUUGUGAAGCACCGGAUAUCUGCUCUUGCAUACUUGGCUGGACUGGAUCAGAUUGCUCGCUACCAUCAUGCGAAAAACUACAUUAUUGCUCAGGUAAUGGCAAAUGUAUUGGUCCUGACACUUGUCAGUGUGACGAUGGUUGGAGUGGACCACAGUGUACUGACUUUGACUGUAGCUUUGACAACAGAAGUGGUAACUGCUCUUUCAAUGGCAAUUGUACGGCACUAGGAGUUUGUGCUUGUAACUCUGGCUAUUGUGGAAAUGACUGUCAAUACCCAGUAAUAAAUGAGUGUGAUGGCAUUGCAAGCAACACUACCACCAUGCCUCCCUGUGAUCAAAUCUGCAUUGAUACUUGUGAAUCCUAUCAAUGUGUCUGCUCAGCUGGUUAUAUCCUGAAUGAUGACAAAGUAACCUGUCAAGACAUUGAUGAGUGCAAUACAACUGUCUUUGCCAUUCGUCUCAACAACUGUGAACAUUUGUGUUUCAACACUCCAGAAUCCUACUACUGUACUUGCACAACAGGUUAUCAGCUUUCAGAUGACAAAGGCUCUUGCAUAAUCAAGACUGAUGGUAUCUCUCAAACCAUUCUAAUUGGAGCUAUUACUGGAGGUGUAGUUGGGCUGGUGUUAUUGUUCCUCGCAAUUGGAUUUGUAUACAGUCAACGCAGAAAGAAAAAACAGGGUAAAAUCAAGAUCACUGCACCUGCGAUCAAGAUGACUGCACCUGCUUCACGUACUACAAAUGAGUAUGUAGAUCGACAUAUAAAGACCCCGACAAUGUCGUGAUAUAAUGACAUACAUAAUGAGGGACAAAAGUGCAUGCAUACAAAACAUAGCACUUCACCUUUUAAUAUAAUGACUCGAUAUAACGACAC